AUGACCAUUCUGAAUGUAGGAGCUGAAAAACAGUUUUAUAUUAAUGAUAGCUUGAUAUGGGCUUUGAAUCAGCACACAAGAGGCACUGUAAAGGAUUUUCCAGGCUUUGAUGCCAGAGCAGAUGCGGAGGCCCUUCGUAAGGCCAUGAAAGGCUUGGGGACUGAUGAACAGCCCAUCUUGCAGAUCCUAAUAGGCAGAAGCAAUGCCCAGCGCCAGGAAAUUGCAGCUGCUUUUAAAACCUUAUUUGGCAGGGAUCUGGUUGAUGACCUGAAAUCAGAACUGACUGGCAAACUUGAGACUCUGAUGGUCAGCUUGAUGAGACCAGCACGGCUUUAUGAUGCUCAUGCACUGAAGCAUGCCCUUAAGGGGGCAGGAACCAAUGAAAAAGUCCUGAAUGAAAUUCUCGCAUCCAGAACACCUGCAGAAAUCCGAAAUAUAAAGCAAGUUUAUCAGGAAGAAUAUGAAGCAAGCUUAGAAGAUCAUAUAACAUCAGACACAACUGGUUUCUACCAGAGGAUGUUGGUAGUUCUUCUUCAGGCUGGCCGAGAUCCUGAUGGCUCAAUUAAUGAACACUUAGUUGAGCAGGAUGCUCAGGUGCUGUUUAGAGCGGGCGAACUGAAAUGGGGAACUGAUGAGGAAAAGUUCAUCACCAUUCUGGGAACGCGGAGCAUUUCUCACUUAAGGAAGGUCUUCGAUAAAUACAUGACCAUUUCUGGCUUUCAUCUUGAAGAAACUAUUGACCGUGAAACUUCUGGGGAGCUGGAGAAGCUGCUUCUGGCAGUCGUGAAGAGUAUCCGAAGCGUUCCUGCGUAUUUCGCUGAAUCUCUGUUUUAUGCAAUGAAAGGAGCAGGUACUGACGAUGAUACCCUGAUCAGAAUCCUAGUUACAAGAAGUGAAAUUGAUCUGCUGGACAUCAGGAAGGCUUUCAGAAGAGAUUUUGCAAAAUCUUUGUACCAUGCAAUUCAGAAAGAUACAUCUGGGGACUACAGGAAUGGCCUUUUGCUGCUCUGUGGUGGCGAAGAUGACUAAGGCCUAGAGUGGACAGAAGGACAGCGUCUUAACUGUUGCCUUUUGACU